AUGGGUUUGUCGAGAUUCGCAUCGCGCGUGGUCAGGGAGACGCUCGGCGCGGUGCGAACGGCGCAGAUGCGGUGUGAACACGGAUAUCUGGCGUCGCGAAAGAUUCCGAGCGCGCGGGGGGCGGCGGAGCGAUUGGUGCGAGCGACGGCGGGGGCGCGCGGCGAGGGACGAGGGACGGGGUCGACGCCGCGUGCGGCGAACGGAUUCAGCGCGCACGCGGUGUCCGCGGGGGAUGUUGUCGAAGACGGUGGACCGAUAAAUCCAUUCAUGAUCGUGGACGAUGAGCUGCGGGCGAUCGGAGAGCGGAUGCGAAGGGCGGUCACGAGCGACAUACCGGCGUUAUCCACGGCGAGCGAGUACUUUUUCAAGCUCGGCGCCGAGGGUAAGCGCAUGCGGCCGACGGUGCUGAUGCUCAUGGCGAGCGCGAUGACGACUGGAAUUUCGACGAACGCGGCUAGAGGGGGAUGGAGAGAGGCGGACCACGCACCGGCGCACGAGGCGCCGGACGACGUACGUCGACGACAGCAAAGGCUAGCAGAAAUUGCGGAGAUGAUUCACGUCGCUAGCUUGCUGCACGACGAUGUGCUAGACAACGCGGCCACUCGAAGAGGUCUCAGAGCGUUGAACUUGGAGGUUGGGAAUAAGCUGGCAAUCUUGGCAGGGGACUUUUUGCUCGCCCGUGCCUCGGUGACGCUCGCAUCUUUGCGGAACACCGAGGUCAUUGAGCUCUUGUCUCGAGUCCUGGAGCACCUCGUCGCGGGCGAGGUGAUGCAAAUGACAGCAAAGCCGGAAAGCUUAUCUUCGAUGGAGCACUAUGUGAAAAAGACGUAUUACAAGACGGCGAGCCUGAUUGCGAAUAGCUCCAAGGCUAUCGCGUUGCUCGGAGGCCACGGCGAAAAGAGCGCAGACUUGGCGUACGACUACGGUAAGAACCUCGGCUUAGCCUUCCAGUUCCAAGAUGACGUAUUAGAUUUUAUCGGUUCCGAAUCUAUUCUCGGUAAGCCGACUCUUGGAGACCUGAAGGAGGGCAUCGCCACCGCCCCGGUGCUCUUUGCCGUGGAGGAGUUCCCCGAGCUUCAGGAACUCGUUGAAAGACGCUUCAAACACUCUGGAGACGUUCAGCGCGCACAUGAACUGGUGAAGAAGAGUAAGGGUAUCGCUCGCACGCAAGAACUGGCGCGAGAACAUCGUGACUUGGCUAUCGCCGCAAUCGAUGCUCUCCCGGUGUCUGAAUCGUCGUAUGCCAACAAGUGCAGACGCGCGCUCAAGGAGCUUGCGCGACGAUCGGUCGAGCGAUCGAAAUGA